CUCCACAGUUCCAAAAUUGUGUGGCCAUCCCGAGUGCACCACGACUGUAAGCAACAACCUCUCUCUCUCUCUCUCUCUCCUCUUCCUUUCUUCACCAAAAUCAACUACUCCCUUCCUCCCAUUCUCAACCCUUCUCUGUCCAAACCACCAUGGCUCUGCUACACCCAUUUCUCCCACUUAGAAAAACACCCACAUUAGCACCAACUCCAAACCCAGUCCUCUCUCUCCUCCACAAAUCCCACCACCGACUCAAACCCGUAGGCAGAAAAAACUGGCCCAAACCCCAUUCCGUGGCGGAGGUUGGUGGCGGGGUUGCAUCAGUUAAAGAAGACGGUGCUGAUCAGAGCGUUUUAGUGGGUCCGGCCGGCGAAAGGGUAGCGGCGGAGUAUGAUUGGACGGAGGAAUGGUAUCCUUUGUAUUUGACGCAGAAUGUGCCAGACGAUGCCCCUUUGGGUUUCACCGUGUUUGAUAAACAGCUUGUCUUGUAUCGUGACGGCGAGGGCGUGUUCCGGUGUUACGAAGAUCGUUGCCCCCAUAGGUUAGCAAAACUGUCUGAAGGUCAGUUGAUCGAUGGAAGGCUGGAAUGCUUGUACCACGGUUGGCAAUUCGAAGGUGAGGGCAAAUGUGUAAAGAUACCUCAGCUUCCGGCCAGUGCAAAGAUUCCCCAAUCAGCUUGUCUAAAAACAUAUGAAGUGAAAGACUCCCAAGGAGUUGUAUGGGUAUGGAUGUCUCGAAAGACCCCACCAAAUCCUAGUAAAUUGCCUUGGUUCGAAAACUUUGCCAGGCUGGGGUUUCAAGACACUUCAACAACUCAUGUACUUCCUUAUGACCAUUCCAUACUUCUCGAGAACCUUAUGGACCCGGCUCAUAUCCCCAUUUCCCACGAUAGAACCGAUUGGACUGCAAAAAGGGAAGAUGCCCAACCUCUACUAUUUGAAGUCACUGAAAGAACCGACCGCGGGUUUGCUGGCUGGUGGGGAAAAGAAAAAGAUCAAUCGAAGCCAAACUUCUUGCGAUUUGAAGCACCAUGUGUUUUACAAAACAACAGAGAACUUGUCGACAAGAAUGGCGAGAAACACUAUUUUUCAGGCCUCUUUCUUUGUACACCUUCUGGCCAAGGGAAAUCCAAUCUCAUUGUGAGGUUUGGAGGCACUAAAAGAUCCCCGCUUGCAAAAUUGUUUCCGAAAUGGUACUUCCAUCAGAAUGCAAGCAAAGUGUUUGAGCAAGAUAUGGGUUUCCUCUCGUCCCAAAACGAAGUUCUGUUAAAAGAAAAAGUACCCACAAAAGAAUUGUAUGUUAAUUUGAAGUCAUCGGACGCGUGGGUUGCAGAAUAUCGGAAGUGGAUGGACAAAGUUGGCCAUGGAAUGCCUUAUCAUUUUGGUCACGGCACAAUUUCCCUUCCUAAAGAGCCGGCUGUGGUGGAACAUGCUCCGGCUGGACUAGUUGCCAGCAUUUCUGCCUCUUCUCCGGCAAAAGGAGGAAUAGGAACGAUGCACGCGCCAAAUCUUUCCAACCGGUAUUUCCGACACGUGAUACAUUGUAAGGGAUGCAGCAGUGUUGUUAAAGCAUUUCAAGCUUGGAAAAACGCUCUCUCUGCCGUUGCUCUUGUAUCAACUGCAGUUGCGAUUCUUGUAUCUGGAAGGCAGUGGAAGACCCUUUUUCUUGUUUGGACUGCCCUGUGUUUGGCUGGGGUCUAUGUGUGCUCGACUGCAAUCACGAUGAAUACAACAAACUUCAUUAGGAUACACAGAAGACUGUGAGCCACAAUGGAACGCUUAUCGAUUUGGUGAAUAUUUCUCAGGCGGAAUGGAAAGAACGAUUCUUACGAAUGACAAAGGCGGUUAGGUAUUUCCUGAAUGCAUCUGUUUUCGAUACCUAUUCAAGUUCUAAUAGUAAUGUAUAGUUGAUUGCAAGGUACAACUUUCUAUACAAGAGAAGCAAAUGACAGUUGUUUCAGAUUAAUACUCCAGUACUCAAUUAUACACAGCAAAAGCUUACUCCCUCUAAUAUAAGAGUGCUUCAAAA